GCCUGUGAGGCAAGCAGGAAGGAAGGGAGAAGAAUCAAACGGUCUGUGUUGCACAGCAUAAGUGAGGGUGAUUCAAGAGCUCGGUGGGCUGAAUCUCAAGGCGGAAAGGGCAAAGCUGAAGUAGUGAUCCCUCCAAGUUGUCUGACAGGCUUGAUUGGGAAGAAGAGACUCAGAGUGAGAGAGGACAGAGUGGAGGGAGAGGGGGAGAGCAGCACUCCUUUCCACUCCCCCUCCCAGCAAAUGGGAGAGCAAGUCUAAAUCAUGUUGCUUAUCACUGCUGCUCUGCUGUGAUGUUGCUCAGGCAGAGCCCGGCUCAGAGCAGGCAGCCGUGCAGACCAGUGCUCAGACACACCAGUAGCCCGGCGUCCUCAGAGCUGGAGACCCUCUCCCCUCCACGCCUCUCUCCUCCGCCGCGCGCCCCCCUCGCCGACAUGUACCCCGAAGAGACCCGGGGCUCUGGAGGGGUAGCCACUGUGGAUUUCCUGGAAGGAUCGUACGACUAUGCCACCCCGACUCCUGCCCCGACUCCUCUGUACAGCCACUCCACCCCCGGCUACUACUCUGCCUCUCUGGACGCCCACGGACCGCCGUCGGACGGCAGCCUUCAUUCCCUGGGCAGCGGGCCGACCAGUCCUCUGGUGUUUGUGCCCUCCAGCCCACGGCUCAGCCCCUUUAUGCAUCCACCCAGCCACCACUAUCUGGAGACCACCUCAACACCCGGCUACAGAUCCGGCCAUCAAGCAGCCUCCAGAGAGGAGCAGUGCGCCGCCCGCGACGAGGCUUACGGCGUGGGGGAGCUGGGGUCCGGGUCUGGGGCCAGAGGGUUCGAGUUGACAAAGGAGACGCGCUUCUGCGCCGUGUGCAGUGACUACGCCUCCGGCUACCAUUACGGGGUGUGGUCCUGUGAGGGCUGCAAGGCCUUCUUCAAGAGGAGCAUCCAGGGUCACAAUGACUAUAUGUGCCCAGCGACCAAUCAGUGUACUAUUGACAGGAAUCGGAGGAAGAGCUGCCAGGCUUGCCGUCUCAGGAAGUGUUAUGAAGUGGGCAUGAUGAAAGGAGGUGUGCGUAAGGACCGCGGUCGUGUUCUGCGGCGUGACAAAAGAAGGACGGGCGUCGGUGACAAAGAUAAAGUUGGUAAAGACGCCGAGCAGAAAGCCAGUCCCCCUCAGGACAGCAGGAAACGCAACAGUGCCGGCGGCGGUGGAGGAAGAUCCUCGGUGUUUAGCAUGCCUCCUGAUCAGGUGCUCCUCCUGCUCCAGGGAGCCGAGCCGCCGAUCCUCUGCUCCCGUCAGAAGCUGAGCCGCCCCUACACUGAAGUCACCAUGAUGACUCUCCUCACCAGCAUGGCUGACAAGGAGCUGGUGCACAUGAUUGCCUGGGCCAAGAAGCUUCCAGGCUUCCUGCAGCUGUCCCUCCACGAUCAGGUGCAGCUCUUGGAGAGUUCCUGGCUGGAGGUGCUGAUGAUCGGACUCAUCUGGAGGUCCAUGCACUGCCCCGGAAAACUCAUCUUCGCACAGGACCUCAUACUGGACAGGAACGAAGGCGACUGCGUCGAGGGCAUGGCUGAGAUCUUCGACAUGCUGCUGGCCACCGCCUCCCGCUUCCGCAUGCUCAAACUCAAGCCGGAGGAGUUCGUGUGUCUCAAAGCGAUCAUCCUGCUCAACUCUGGAGCCUUUUCCUUCUGCACCGGCACGAUGGAGCCGCUUCACGACGGCGCGGCGGUGCAGAACAUGCUGGACACCAUCACCGAUGCCCUCAUCCACCACAUCAGCCUGGCGGGGGUCUCGUCCCAGCAGCAGUCCAGGCGGCAGGCCCAGCUGCUCCUGCUGCUCUCGCACAUCCGGCACAUGAGCAACAAAGGAAUGGAGCACCUGUACAGCAUGAAGUGUAAGAACAAAGUGCCUCUGUACGACCUGCUGCUGGAGAUGCUGGACGCUCACCGCCUGCACCGCCCGGUCAGACCGGCCGAGUCCUGGCCCCAGGCUGACAGGGAGCCUCCCCCCUCCGGGGGGGCCGACGGCGGCAGCAGCGGCGGCGGUCCCGGCUCUGAUCCCGGUCCCGGUUCUGGGUGCAGCAGCAGCUCCUCCUCGGUGGGUUUCAGUUCGAGCAGAGCCUCCUCAGGCCCGGGAGUCCUGCAGUUCGGAGGCUCCCGUUCUGACUGUGCCCACAUCUUAUGAGAGGAAACACAACGAGCGACAGCCGGAGUCAGUCCAGCGUGAGACAGAAAAGAAGUCCUAUUUGAAUAUAUUUCAUGAGAGAAUUAUUUAUAAAUGAAUUGAUUUUAUAGCUCUCGAAGGAGAAAUGGCUCCUCUGAACAAUCCGGGCGUCAGUGCUGUCAAUCUUUCGUUCAGUCUGUGAUUUCCAGUCGGCUUCUCAGUAUUGUGAUUCUGACAGGAGGGGUGAGGUUGCACUGUGGCAGCGUCUUCGCUACAGAGACAUUGAGAGCAGCUAAUUUUUCUUUGUUGUGACCAAAGUGCACUUCUUCUUAUAAUCAAGGGGCUGAUGGGCAUUAACCCGAGAGACUGACAACAAACUGAAAAAAAACAAAAAAAAAAUAGUGUUAUUCAUGUUGUGUUUAAAUGUCAGCAUUGGUUGAGACCAAAUACCAGAUAUUAUGUUUAUAUUUGAGAAAAAAAUAAAUCCACAAUCAGAUAACAGGAGGAAGCAGGGCUUUAUCGUGGGGUAGCUGCAGGUUAUCCUGAGCUUUUUGUGCAGAGGAGGCUUUUCUUUGUGUUUGCUUGCACUAAAUCUUUUCUCCGGCUUCAUGUGUUGAAUAUCCGUCUGUUUUGACUGCAAGAGACUCAGAGUGGAUCAUCGGGAGACUUCGAUUGAGCUUUAUUUCAUUCAUUCAUUUGUUGACUGCAUGUUCAGUUUGGCUUUAAAAAAAAACAAAGAAUAUCAUUAUUUGGCCUUUAAGUGACUGAGAAAACAGAUGAUUUCAUUUUCAGUUGCUUUAAACAGUGUAGCUCGCUAAUGUGACUGUUUCAGUUUUGAAACUGGGCCCAAAGAGUUGUUUACAUAUUUCUUCUCUGUCGGAUCAUCAGAAGAAACGAUGAACCUUCAGAUGCAGACUUAAUCAAGGGCAUUUCCACAUUUCAUUAUUCACGCAUUUUGAUAACUGUAGUGACUUUACGUGAAGACCUGAUGACCUAAAAUGUUUAAAUGUAUCUGCAGCGAGUCAUUCAAGCUCUUUUUUAAACCGAACACACGAUUGAAAAAUGACAUUUAAUCACCCAGCGUUAUGUUAGACAGAUUUACCAAUGACAGAGAUCUCUCGAGUCAUCCAUGCAUUUUUCUUUCCUGCUUCAGCCAUGUGUCAGGAUUGCAGGUGAUUAUAAUGCAGAAAAAAACUGAUGUACAACUUGCCAGUGCAUCCACGUGUCCCGGUGCGGCGAGGUCACAAAACACAAGUGCAUUUAUGGAGGCAGAUUUAGACGGUUGAUGAGUUUCCACACAGGCUUUUCCUCUUACCUUAUUUUUUUCUCUCGCUCAUUUGUUUACAAAGCAGAUGCAUAAAACAACCAGGACUGUUUAACUCAUUUCCACACUGUUUUCAUCAACUGGCAGUCAGAAACACGAGGCUCUCUCUGCACCUUUUGACAUUUCUAGCCUGAUAAACUGAUGCUUAUGAGGUUGUUCGUGGUUCUUUAAUUAAAUUAUAUCCAAAUGUGUCAUAUUUGAUCCAAAAUUCUUGCAAAAUGGAGAAAGAUGAUGAAUUUAAAAUCAAACACUGACAAUUACAGCAACAUUUCAAAUGAUCUUACCAGUACAGUGGCAUUUUCAUCGACUUUAUUUGAAUUACAACGGAUAAAACUUGCUUAUUUAGUGUUAUUUUGUUUAUAAUGAAGUUUUAAUUUAUCUAAAAUAUAUGUGCAAAUUAAAGGUAAUUACAUUUCAUGAAGUGACACACAGCCUUGCGAUUUUCAGUCUCAUCUGAGCCACGUGGAAACGUGUGAAAAGCAUCCAG